AUGACAUUAUUUGAGAAGAGUUCUGGUACCUACAUAGGGAAUGUUUCUGCUACCUACAUAGAGAAGAGUUCUGGUACAUUCAUACAGAAGAGUUUUGGUACAAACAUACAGAAGAGUUCUGGUAAAUACAUACAGAAGAGUUCAGAUACAUACCCCCAGAAGAGUUCUGGUACUUACAUACAGAAGAGUUCUGGUACAUACACAGAGAAGAGAUCUGGUACCUACAUAGAGAAGAAUUCUGGUACAUCCAUAGAGAAUAGUUCUGGUACCUACAUAGAGAAUAGUUCUGCUACCUACAUAGAGAAAAGUUCUGAUACAUACAUAGAGCAGCGUUAUGGCUCAUACAUAGAGGAGAGAUCUGGUACAUGCCCAGAGAAGAGUUCUGGUACCAACAUAGAGAAGAGUUCUGGUACCCACAAAGAGAAGAGUUCUGGUACCCACAUAGAGAAGAGUUCUGGUACCCACAAAGAGAAGAGUUCUGGUACCCACAUAGAGAAAAGUUCUGGUACCCAUAUAGAGAAGAGUUUUGGUACCCACAUAGAGAAGAGUUCUGCUACCCACAUAGAGAAGAGUUCUGGUACCUACAUAGGGAAGAGUUCUGGUACCCACAUAGAGAAGAGUUCUGGUACCCACAUAGAGAAGAGUUUUGAGAAGAGUUUUGGUACCCACAUAGAGAAGAGUUCUGGUACCCACAUAGAGAAGAGUUCUGGUACCUACAUAGAGAAGAGUUUUGAGAAGAGUUUUGGUACCCACAUAGAGAAGAGUUCUGGUACCCACAUAGAGAAGAGUUUUGGUACCCACAUAGAGAAGAGUUCUGGUUCAUGCCCAGAGAAGAGUUCUGGUACCCACAUAGGGAAAAGUUCUGGUACCCACAUAGAGAAGAGUUCUGAGAAGAGUUCUGGUACCUACAUAGAGAAGAGUUCUGGUACCCACAUAGAGAACAGUUCUGGUACCCACAUUGAGAAAAGUUCUGAGAAGAGUUAUGGUACCUACAUAGAGAAGAGUUAUGGUACCUACAUAAAGAAGAGUUCUGGUACAUACAUACAGAAGAGUUCUGGUACCUACAUAGGGAAUAGUUCUGGUACCUACAUAGAGAAGGGUGCUGGUACCUACAUAGAGAAGAGUUCUGGAACAUACAGAGAGAAGAGUUCUGUUACAUACAUACAGAAUAGUUCUGGUACAUACAUACAGAAGAGUUCUGGUACGUACACAGAAAAGAGUUCUGGUACAUACAUAGAGAAGAGUUCUAGUAUCUACAUAGAGAAGAGUUAUGGUACAUAUAGAGAUAAGAGUUCUGGUACAGAGAAAUGUUCUGAUACAUAUAUAGAGAAAAGAGUUAUGGAACAUAUGUAG